UCACUGCAAACACUGAGGGAGGACCACGUCUCAAUAUGGAAACCAAACGCACCACAGAGAGGGGGAAGAGCAUUUGAGGAAAUGUUAAAAUAGGAUCAUGUGGUGACCUAUGAAGAAUUAGCAUUUCUUGAUUUGCUGAUGUGCUGUUCCAUCAGUCCUCUACUGAUCUGCGGACAUGGAGAGACAGAUGUGUUUUUUGAUCCUGUCUGUGCUGCUGCUCACGGUGCUGAACUCUGCUCUAGCCCAGACCAAACCAUCAGGUGUGGAGCUUGGCGCUGCUCUCACUUUGCGGCCUACUUUCUCAGGUUCAAUCACCGGAAUUGUGUGGAAACUUAACGGUGACCUGGUGGCUGAGUGGUUGAAUAAUGAGUUUGAGUACUAUGGCACAUUUAGAGACCGCACAACCCUGGAUCCAGCCACUGGAGAGUUGGUUGUUAAGAACGUGGCUGUAGCUGACGCAGGGUUGUAUACAGUGGAGAUCAACAGCAACGUCCAGAGUCAGAAGUAUCAGGCUGAAGUAAUGAAGAAAGUGCCCAAGCCUACAGUGCUGUUCAGACCACUGACAUGUAACAGCUGCAGUCUAGCCUGUCAUGGAGAAACCAAAGAUGCUGGAACCGUCACCUACAGCUGGAAGGAGGAUGAUGGAGAGUGGAAGGAGGGGAAAGAGAGCAGGGACAUCAUGAAUGAUCCGGUGAUAAGAAAAAUCAGAACAUUUUCCUGCCGGAUGAAGAAUGCAAUCAGUGUGAAUGAAAGUGAACCCCAUGAGAAUCCAUUCUUCCAAGAAAAACAUCUGAUUUGGCCUGAAGACUCCAGACUCUGGGUUAAAGUUUUAGCAGCUGUCAUGAGAUCCUUGGCAAUUGUGGCGCUCUUGGGGACUGUUGUCUACUUCUUGGGGCAAAAACGAGGAAAAAUCAGGAAAGUGAUCUGUCCAUGUCGAUGUGGAAAAGGUGAUGAUAAUGCAGCUUUAAGUGGAUGAUCAUUAAAGCAUAUCAAACUCCUCUCAUGACAAGUGAAUGUAGUGUGCUUGGUGGUUAAAUAUAACAUAAAGUAUUAAAGAAAAGUUUAUUUUUGUUUUUGAAAUAGCAUUUAUAAUGUUUUUGUGACAGAAAUGGUGCUGAUACUGCAGGUUAAAGUGGACUCAUGUUAAACUGGAUCAAACUGCCCACACAAAGGUGGUGGAUUUGGAAAUUUGCUGUGGGUCAUGAAAUAUAUAGUGGAAAGUAACAUGCAUACAAAAGUACUGUACUAAUGACACAGUUUUUGAAAAAUAAUCUGCUUCAAUUGAAAUGUUACUUUAUGUUGUAUUCAUGCUUUAUAUUUGUAUCACAUUUUAAAAGCAAAGAUUGGACUCUGACUAGUUACUUUGCAUAUUAUGUUUGGGUUUAUAUUGAAAGUAUAUGCAAUAAGCCUCAAAAUACAAUGCAUUUUUAUAGAUUAAAAAAAAAUAUUUGCACUAUUUUAUGUCAUCUUGCUCAUAAUACCUGUGUAUUAAAUAAAUAAAUAACAUUUUUGAUGCAG